AUGUGUAUAUUAAGAUUUUUUACUCACGAAGCCUUUAGUGCUCAUAAAACUAAAGAAAUUCUUUCCAAAUUAAAACAUGUGGAUCAAGAGGUGCAAGAUUUAUCAACAGAAAUAUGUUACCAUGUGGAACUUGCUGAAGGUUGUAAUUACCUUAAUUUAAAUCAAAUUAAAAUAUUACAAUGGCUCCUUUCUUCUCCUCUCAAACCUCAUGCUUUGAGAAAUGAAUCUGCUUACAAAUUUAUCAAUGAUGAUCAGAUUAUCAUCGAAAUUGGACCUCGAUUCAAUUUUUCGACAGCAGAUUCAAGUAAUGCAGUUCAAAUAUGUCAUAGUGUUGGUCUCAAUGAUGUUGUACGCCUUGAAGUUUCCACAAGAUAUGUUAUUACAUUUAAACAAUUCAAAAAAGUUAAUACAGAGUUAUUUGAAAAGUUGGCAGCCCCAAUUCACGAUAGGAUGACACAGUGCAUUUAUACAGCAGAAAAUCUACCUCGUCAAAGUUUCUAUGAAAGCUUACCAAAGAAUUUAGAACCGUGGUAUGUGGUGCCAUUGCAAGCUGAAGGAAUGGUAGCAAUGGAGAAAGUUAAUAAUGAAUUAGGUUUAGCUUUUGAUUCUUGGGAUAAGGAGUUCUAUAUGGAUUUAUUUGUCAAUAAACUGAAAAGAGAUCCUACAAGUGUAGAGUUGUUUGACCUAGCACAAAGUAAUAGUGAACAUUCUCGUCAUUGGUUUUUUAAGGGUAAGAUAAUUUUAGAUGGUAAAGAAAUAAAUGAAUCGUUAAUUGAUAUGGUGGCUUCGACUCAAAAAUCGUCAAAUGAUAAUAAUGUAAUUAAAUUUGGCGAUAACAGCAGUGCCAUCAAAGGUUUUAAACAUACAAAACUGAAACCUAUCGAUGUGAAAGUCCCUUCUCAAGUGAUUGAAGAAAUCACCGAGUCUGACAUAAUAUUUACUGCUGAGACUCAUAACAUGCCAACAGCAGUGGCACCCUUUAGUGGGGCAACCACAGGGACUGGGGGACGUAUUAGAGAUGUACAAGGAGUUGGCCGAGGAGGCUAUACAGUUGCUGGAACUGCAGGGUACAGUGUUGGGAACUUAUUAAUACCAGGUUAUGAUUUACCUUGGGAAGAAAAGAGCUGGGAAUAUCCAAGUAAUUUUGCAAGGCCUUUGCAAAUUAUCAUUGAAGCGAGUAAUGGUGCUUCAGACUAUGGUAACAAAUUUGGAGAACCUCUCAUCUCAGGAUUUGUCCAAUCUUAUGGCUUGAAUAAUGGGGAUAAUGUGAGAGAGGAAUUUGUCAAACCUAUUAUGUUUAGUGGAGGUAUUGGUUAUAUGCCUCAUUCCAUGAUUAAAAAAAAUAAACCAGAUAAAGGUAUGUUCCUCGUAAAAGUUGGAGGUCCAGUGUAUCGUAUUGGCGUGGGUGGUGGAGCAGCCUCUUCGGUAGCUGUACAAGGUGGAGGUUCUAGAGAUCAUGCCCUUGAUUUCGGAGCAGUACAAAGAGGUGAUGCUGAAAUGGGAAAUCGCCUAAAUAGAGUCGUACGAGCAUGUUUAGAAGCAGAUAUAAAUCCUAUUGAAUCUAUUCAUGACCAGGGAGCUGGGGGUAAUGGUAAUGUUUUAAAGGAAUUGGUUGAGCCAGAAGGUGCAGUUGUAUUUACAAAAGAAUUUCAACUUGGAGAUCCAACUAUUACUACACUAGAACUUUGGGGUGCAGAAUAUCAAGAAAACGAUGCGCUAUUGUGCUAUAAAGACAACAGGAAAAUUCUGGAAGGAAUAUGUCAACGUGAAAGAUGUCCAGUGUCAUUUGUUGGGGAAGUCACUGGAGAUGGCUAUAUGAGUCUUGUGGAAGAUAGUUACAAUGAAGUGUAUUUAGAUAGAUCAAAUAGGGUUAAGCCUGAUGUAAAGCCAAAGUUGCCCUAUGAUUUGCAUUUAGAGGCUGUAUUGGGAAAUAUGCCAAGAAAAACUUUCGACUUGAAGCAAGAUAAGAGAACAAAAUUGCCUCUGUCAUUGCCCAAAGACAUUUCUGUAGAGAAUGCUUUGAAUCGUGUACUAAGACUUGUCAAUGUUGCUAGCAAGAGAUAUUUAACUAACAAGGUGGACCGCUGCGUGACAGGGCUAGUGGCCCAGCAGCAGUGCGUGGGUCCUCUACACACGCCUCUAGCGGAUUGUGCCAUCAUCGCGCUGGGCUUCCACGACCUCGUGGGCUCUGCGACGUCCAUCGGCACGCAGAAUAUCAAGGGGUUGCUCGACCCCGCCGCCGGCGCGCGCCUGUCGCUCGGGGAGUCGCUCACCAACUUGGUGUUCGCGGGGGUGUCGGCGCUGGAGGACGUGAAGUGCUCGGGCAACUGGAUGUGGGCGGGCAAGGCGGGCGCGGCGGGCGCGGCGCUGGUGCGCGCGUGCGGCGCGCUGUGCGGCGCCCUGCGCGCGCUGGGCGUCGCCGUCGACGGCGGCAAGGACUCGCUGUCCAUGAGCGCCGCCGUGCGCGGCCGCGCCGUCCAGUCUCCGGGCACGCUAGUAGUGUCAACGUAUGCACCGUGUCCUGACAUCACAGUGAAGGUGGAACCCGCUUUAUUACAAGAAGGUGCAGCUCUAAUACACGUACCAGUGACGCCAGGAAAAUAUAGGCUCGGAGGUUCAUCUCUAGCACAAUGCUACAAACAGCUCGGCCAAACUCCGCCAGACUUGGACGAUCCUACUGUACUAAAAGCAUUAUUCAAAGUUACACAAAAGUUGCUCAAAGAAAACAAAUUAAUUUCUGGUCAUGACAUCAGUGAAGGAGGUUUUAUUACCACUGUCUUAGAAAUGGGUAUAGGUGGCAUUCGCGGACUAAACAUUGAUUUGAAAGUGGAAAACAAUGUAUCUGUUAUCGAGGCCCUAUUCAAUGAAGAACUCGGUAUUGUAAUAGAAGUAGACCAAAGCAAUGUGGAUUACGUUUUAAAUGAAUAUAAGAAACAGAGUGUAUAUCCUAAAGUUAUUGGUAAAACUGGAAAGUAUGGUAUGGAAUCUCAGGUGAAUGUGAAAGUGAAUGGUGAGACAGUCUUAAACACACAAUUGAUAAACGUAUAUAGGAUGUGGGAAGAAACUAGCUAUCGACUAGAAUGCCUUCAGGCUAAUUCUAGCUGUAUCGAACAAGAGUGGACAGGUCUCGCAAAACGUAAAGGAGUAAAAUAUAAUGUCACAUUUGAUCCAUCUGCAGCAAUGAUGAAAACAAAGUCAAUCAAGGUGGCAGUAUUAAGAGAGGAAGGUACAAAUGGUGAUCGCGAAAUGAUUGCAUCGUUGAUGAUGGCAAACUUCGACGUGUUUGAUGUAACAAUGAGCGAUUUGCAAGCUAAAAAGAUUACCUUGGAUGCUUUUCAAGGAUUAGUCUUCCCCGGUGGCUUCAGUUACGCUGACACACUGGGUUCAGCGAAGGGUUGGGCGGCUGCUAUUCUUUUCUCUGAAUCUCUAAGAGCUCAGUUUGCUAACUUUAAGAGUAGAAGCGACACAUUCUCCCUUGGUGUGUGUAACGGUUGCCAGUUAAUGGCGAUCUUGGGAUGGAUUGACGCUGACAAUAAAACUAAGAGUAAUAGUCAGAUAUUCCUCGACCAUAACUUAUCUGAAAGAUACGAAUGUCGAUGGAUCGCCGUUAAGAUCAAUGAGCGAUCAAACGAUGUUUGGUUCCAAGGAAUGGGCGACAGUGUUUUGGGUGUGUGGGUCGCACACGGGGAGGGUCGGUUUACCGUGUCUGAACCUGAAAUAUUUGGCAAGUUAUGGUCUAACGGGCAAGUAGCCAUGCAGUAUGUUGAUGAUGAUGGUCUUCCAACUGAAGUAUAUCCUAUGAACCCUAACGGAAGCCCUGAUGGAAUAGCAGGCGUCCGUUCUCCAGAUGGUCGUCACUUAGCCAUGAUGCCGCAUCCCGAGCGUUGCGUGUUGAGUUGGCAGUGCCCCUCGCCUCUGCCGACUACUGGCCUUGCCUCGCCCUGGCUGAGACUGUUCCAGAACGCGUAUGCUUGGGCGUCUCAGUGUUAAGCUGUCUAUACUGAUGCAACAGUCUUGAUACACUAGCGGCUGGCUGGUCAUGGCUGAAGCUUUUUUAGAAUGUGUACUAAUGAAAACAACUAUCAGAGCGAAACUACUAUUUAAAAAAAUAUAUAUUAAAAUAAUAUUAUGGUUGUAAUUGAGAAAAUAUAUUUUCAGGAUAUUUA